CCAUUAGCAUGUCACAUUUACUCUUCAUCUCUCUCUGUCAACGUUUCAUUCUAUUCUCUUUAAUCUUAUACAGUUUAUCCCUUCUAUCAUCGUCAAAAGAGAAGUAUUUUGAUGCAUAGUCCUCUACGGUCCAGAAUCACUAGCACAUCACAUAAUUUGCUUUUUAAAAGAGAAAAAAAUCAAUAAUUUUUAUUACAAUCGUGAGUGUGAUUGAUAGACUAUUCGAGAACGUUUAGUAGUCUCGUACACUUCAUUAGUAUUGGAAAAUAGGUUUCACAGUGUCAUUCGGAUUUCUCACUCAAACACUGCAAUCAUGGAUAAGGACAGAGAGCUAUUGAAAUUGAAACUACACUAUCUAUUAUUUUUUGCAGGACUUGCACCUAUGCUUCUAUUCACAAGCACUUACGCGAAGCAGCUGGGAUUCUCAGCCCUUACAGUGGGAUCAGUAUUCACGUUGAUGCCAGUUGUAGGAAUGAUUGGCAAACUUGUAGUUGGUGCAUUAUCUGAUAAACUUCAAGCUCACAAGCAAAUAGUUAUUGUGUUAUUAACAAUAUCAAUAACAUGCUACUACUCAAUGAUGUAUAUUCCACCCAUACAAAAGGAAUUGCUUUCUGAGAUCUACUGUGAUAGUUCGACAAAUAUCUCCUUGAAACUCUGCACUAUGAAAGAUUUGAAUGAGGAGGAGAAUGGGUGUGAUCCCAAUUACUCCACAACAGCAAUAGGAUGUCAGAUGCGGUGUUUGGUGGAUCAAGAUUUACUUGAAACAGAGUGCGAUAAAUUAGAACCGCACCUAUCAAAUAUAUGUAAUCAUUCAAGAAGAUGGAGUUUAGCUGCUGUACUAAACACAACUUCUAGAAUCUCUACUGAUAAAUCGUCAAGUGUCGGUCAUGAAGCAUUACUUUUAAAGACCAGUAUUCUUAAAACUUCAAUGAGAAGGAUGGAGACGGAUAAUGCGGGUGUCUGUACGACAUUUAGUGUGAUGUCAAUGGAAGAUAUACCAAGAAGAAAUCUCUUGAAUAGCACGCUCUGCAGCCAGAAUGCAGUUAGAGUGGCCUCCUGUAGAAUGGUGUGCGAUAGUCCAUUGCUGACUGAUAUUGGCACGUUGGUAGAAAAGAAGCAUAUAACACAGGAAUACCAACUGUGGGUUUUUAGUCUACUGCUAGUACUGGGAGGUGUUGGGGCAUCAAUAGUUGUCAGUUUAUCGGAUACAAUGACCUUUGCACUUCUUGGUGAAUCAUCCUCAGAAUUUGGUAAAAUUCGACUGUGGGGCUCUGUAGGUUGGGGGAUAUUUGCAAUGGUUGGCGGAAAAAUGAUUGAUGAAUUUAGUGACGGAACACCUAUCAAGAACUAUUCUCCGGCUUUCAUUUCAACUGCAAUUAUCCUAAGCCUCGAUGCUUUACUGGUCUCCUCAUUAAAUACUGUUGUUAAGAAGAAAGCUAAAAGCAUAGCUCUAGAUGUCGGAAAGGUACUCUUGAAUAUUGAAACAAUCAUCUUUCUGUGCUGGUGCGUUUCAGUUGGAGCAUGUCUUGGAAUUACCGUUGGAUUUUUCUUCUGGUACAUUGAAGAUUUAUCUAGCUGUGAGGAUACAGCAUCUAUCAAGACACUGGAGGGACUCUACGUCAUUUUACAAACAUUUUUGGGUGAACUGCCAUUUUUCUUCUUGAACGCAUGGGUUUGUAAAAAACUUGGCCUGGUGAACUGUAUGUCACUGAUGCUGUUUCUUUAUGGAGUAGUUUUCUUGACAAUUUCAUCUUUGAACAAUCCCUGGCAUUUUCUACCGGUGGCACUGAUCAAUGGGAUGACGUUCAGUACGCUGUAUUCAGUUAUGACUUCAUAUGCCAAUAAUCUGGCGCUACCUGGAACUGAGACCACAAUACAGAGUUUGGUCGGCUCUGUUUAUGAAGGGAUCGGACUUUCAAGCGGAAAUUUCAUAGCAGGUUUAAUGAUGAAUAAUAUGAAAGGAGGGACGGUUUUCAGAAUUUUCGGAAUUACAAUGCUUAUAUUAUGUGCAGUUCACUGUAUAUUGCAUUGCAUAAUCUCGAGAAACUCUCGAAAAAGAGAAACAUUUGAAAAGAAGAAAGGUUCAACUCAUCCUACUGUGGAAUAUUCAAAACCUUCAGAAAUGAGCGCAGUAUAACAACAAACUGAUUUUUUCAAACCAGAAAGGAUUCGAUUCCAUCGAUAUAUUUAUUGGAACUGGUUACUACGGAAGAUGUUUUAAAAAUGGAUCAAUUAUUUAGUUACUUCUAGGAGGGCUUGAUUGGAGGGCGGAGCUGAAUGGAUUCCUGUAGUACCGGUACACAUGUAUGAGAUCCCAUAUUGAAUGAUAUUUUAUGAGUUUACGCUAUAGUCAAUAGAUCUGUUUGCCGUCAAAGUACAAUUUAAUGAGGAGAACACAAACAAACUAGUAAAUUAUUCAAUAAAUUUGUAAACCCAGUGUCAAUGAACUGAACAAAUUUUUGAAUACCAAUGCAAAUACAUCGGAUGGUGUCCAGUUGAUCUACAUUGAUGCAAAUCUAUUUUGUAAAUAACUAUAGUAUAAUAAUGGUGAAGCAUAAAUGUUAUUUAUUUAUGUUGGGUAAUAGAGUACUGAAACAGAAGACUGAAUACGAAUUCUACAGAAAUAUCUACAGUGAUAGGGAAAACAUUUUGAUCAGAAUGCAUCUAUAUUAUAAUUUGAAUUAAUCAUUACUCCAUUUCAUAAAUUAUAAUGGCAUAUAAAAACUGUAUUCUAAUCCACCAGUCAUUGGAAUCCUCUGAAGUCACAUGGUAUUUGAAAAUACAAUUAAAUGGUAUUUUAAAUGCAUAAUCAUAUUUCCUAGCACUUCACGGUACUUCCCCUUUUCACCACCACAGUAAAACGCUCCCUCGACCAUUAAUUAUUAUUGGACUCAGGACAUGCCUCGCGUGAAGACGUGAUUAUCGCAUUUGAGUAUGAGCAUCCAGUGAAUCAGAAGUUCAAACUUUGGAACGUUGAUGGAGAAAUAAUUGUAGUUUAUAAGUUUACCUGAUGAGCUAACACUUCUACGUCUUUAUGAUAGAAGAACUGAACUAUUUAUAAGAUCUGAAUGGCAACAGCCAAUUAAAAACAAAUCAUUGAAACUUGCUAAAGUUUGCCAAUGGAUGGUGAUUGUUAUGGAAUGAAGUUUUUAAUCGUCUCAAGAAAGUUUUUGCGAGUCGAAAAGUUCCGCAUCAAUAAUAUUGGCAUUUUUGGAUGGCCAAACAAUUCAACUUUAAUGCUGCUAUUAAAAGAUACAUGAUCCAAUAUUUAUUUGACAACCUUCUUGAGUUUUAUAAAUACUGCGCCUCAAGAUUUUCAUUGGACACACUCGUUGGACCACAAAAGGAGGUUGAUUCAUAGUGGACAUUUUCUGAUAGAAGAGGGUAAUAAAUAUUUAAGUAUAAUAUUUUCCAUCAUGUUCAAAGCAUAAUGAUAUGUAACUUGUAUAACAUUGAUUUCUCACCUAUUGUACUCAUGUAAAUCUUUAUUAAAAAAUAAUAUAUAAAUAAAUAAAUGUUAACGUAAA